AUGCCCUCCCAAGGAACCCCGGUCAAUCGUAUCCCCAUCAUGGCCAAGCAGGUCCUGGAUCUGUACAUGCUUUACAAGCUAGUGACAGAGAAGGGAGGCCUCGUGGAAGUUAUCAACAAGAAGAUCUGGAGAGAAAUCACAAAGGGACUGAACCUGCCUACAUCCAUCACCAGUGCUGCUUUCACCCUGCGCACACAGUACAUGAAAUACCUGUACCCAUAUGAGUGCGAAAGGAAAGGCCUCAGCUCCCCCGGCGAGCUGCAGGCCGCCAUCGACAGCAACCGCCGAGAGGGUCGUCGUCCGAGCUACAGCAGCAGCCUCUUCCGCUUCUCUCCCUCCCCCAGCACUGCCCCCCACAUCCUCUCACCUCCCAAGAUGCACCUUCCAGGUCUGGGCCCAGGGACCUCCGUGGCCCUCAAUGGCCUGCAGGCCUCACCGGGACCUUCUUUAAAGAAAGAGGAAUGGCUCCAAUGGGCCGCCGCUCACCAACAUCCACGUCCGUCUCUUCCAGAUGACCUGACCCCUUCGAUCAUGGCAGCGAGACCCCCGCUAGCGCUGUCCCUUGGUCAUCAGCAGGUGGCUGGCUUGGCGAGAGCCGCCACACUGGAGCAGCUCAGAGAAAAGCUGGAGACCAGCGGCGGAGUGGAGGGGCCGGAGAGGAAGAUGGCCCGCCUGGCAGAGGAGCAGCAGCGCCUGAUGCAGCAGGCUUUCCAACACAACCUGCUGGCCAUGGCCUCCCAAAUGCCUAUGAACCUGCGCUUAGGAGCUCCUGCUGUCGCCACCAGAGAUGACAAGCAGCAGGACAUGUCUCUGAGCAUCUCAACCAGCGGAAAUGCCAGCAUCACCGUGUCAGUGGAGGUUAACGGCACGAUCUACUCAGGAACCUUGUUUGCCCAGAAGUCCGGUGGGGCUCCCGGGCCCGCUGUGUCGGCUGCUGCUGCCUCAGUCUCCCCUGCUGGAGCCAGCACCAGCUUUGGCUUCUCGGCGGCCCAGGCUCAGAACCUCAGCCCCGCAUCCUCCUCCUCCUCUAAGGGCCCCAGCUCAGCUGAGCCGGCCCCCAACGGGUCACCCUAA